UGAGAACUUGCCUUGACCAGAUUAUCCCUGGUUGAAUCGGCGUCGCAUUUGAAUGCUCCGCCUGCGAUCAUUCUCUGGCCCUUGCCCUCUUCUCACCCGCCGUUGCGCCGCCCUAUUUCUGCUCUUCGCUGCCUCCCAUCCCUCUCCUGUCGGUUACCUUCAGCGUUCACACGAAAACCAAAGAGUUUUCUCCACCCUCUCUUCCUCUGCCCCCAAUCCAUCCAUGGCGAAACCACCGGUGGCGAAGAAGGUGAGGCACGAGAUGGAGAUGUUUGGCGACGUCCGAGUUGAUAACUACUACUGGCUUCGCGAUGACUCCCGAACUGACCCGGAGGUUCUUGGCUACCUGAAAGAGGAGAAUGCAUACACGGAACUUUUAAUGUCCGAUGUGAAAGCGUAUCAAAAUAUAUUAUACUCUGAGAUAAGAGGAAGGAUCAAGGAGGAUGACAUUACAGUCCCAAUUAGGAGAGGUGGAUAUUAUUACUAUGAGAGAACAUUAGAAGGGAAGGAAUAUGUUCAGCAUUGCCGGCGGCCUAUAAAAGAUAAUGCUGUUCCUUCUGUGACUGACAUCAUGUCCGUGGAAUCUGAAGCUCCUGAAGAGCAUGUAAUCUUGGAUGAGAAUAUUAAGGCUGAAGGGAAAGAUUACUACAGCAUCGGUGCUUUUAAAGUCAGCCCAAAUAACAAGUUAGUAGCCUAUGCAGAAGACACUAAAGGCGAUGAGAUAUCUACUGUCUAUAUCAUGGAUAUUGAGAAAGGGACUCUUUUAGGGAAGCCUUUAACUAGCAUAACAUCUUACAUCGAGUGGGCUGGUGAUGGUAACCUGGUUUACAUAACAAUGGAUGAGAUCCUUCGACCUGACAAGGCUUGGCUUCACGAACUCGGAAAUGAUCAGUCUAAUGAUGUCUGCCUAUAUCAUGAAAAGGAUGACACCUUUUCUAUUGAUCUCCAAGCCUCUGAAAGCAAGCAAUAUUUGUUUAUAGCUUCUGAAAGCAAAACUACACGGUUCCUCUACUAUCUCAAUAUCUUAAAACUAGAAAAUGGCCUUGUGUCUUUAACACCUCGUGUUUCUGGGAUUGAUACAUCAGCUAGUCACCGAGGAAAUCAUUUCUUUAUCAAGAGGAGAAGUAAUGAGUUUUACAACUCAGAGCUACUUGUUUGUCCAAUUGACAAUGUAAAUGAAACAACAAUUCUGCUUCCUCACAGAGAAAGUGUGAAAUUACAGGAUUUUCAACUUUUUAUCAAUCAUAUAGUCAUUUAUGAGCGUGAAAAUGGUUUACCUACAAUAACUGUAUACAAUCUUCCAUCCAUUGGGGAAGCAAUUGGAGCACUCCAAGAUGGUAGAAAAAUUGACUUCAUUGAUCCAGUAUAUUCAGCAGAUGCUGAAGAAUCAGAAUUUUCGUCGAGCAUUUUACGAUUUUCAUUUAGUUCUCUAAGAACUCCUCUGUCUAUCUAUGACUUUGACAUGAAGACAGGUGUUUCUGUUCUAAAGAAGAUUGAAAAGGUGUUAGGUGGCUUUGAUGCAUCAAAUUAUGUGACUGAAAGGAAAUGGGCAGUCGCUUCAGAUGGUACCCAUAUUCCUAUUUCACUUUUAUAUAGAAAAGAUUGUGUAAAACUUGAUGGAAGUGACCCAAUGCUGCUGUAUGGAUAUGGUUCGUAUGAGGUAUGUAUAGAUCCCUACUUCAAGGCAUCAAGGUUGUCUUUGGUGGACAGGGGUUUUGUAUUUGCAAUAGCUCACAUACGUGGAGGUGGUGAAAUGGGAAGACAGUGGUAUGAGAAUGGGAAGUUGUUGAAGAAGAAAAAUACCUUCACUGAUUUCAUUGCUUGUGCUGAGUACUUGAUAGAAAAUAACUAUUGUUCAAAAGAAAAAUUAUGCAUCAAUGGAAGAAGUGCAGGUGGGUUGCUGGUUGGAGCGGUUGUGAACAUGCGGCCUGAUUUAUUCAAGGUUGCCAUAGGUGGAGUGCCCUUUGUUGGCGUGGUGACUACUAUGCUUGAUCCAACAAUUCCAUUGACUACAUCUGAAUGGGAGGAAUGGGGUGAUCCACGAAGGGAAGAAUUCUACUUCUAUAUGAAAUCAUAUUCUCCGGUUGAUAAUAUAAAAGAACAACACUACCCACACAUUCUUAUUACUGCUGGUUUAAAUGAUCCACGCGUAAUGUACUCAGAACCUGCAAAAUUUGUUGCCAAGCUCAGGGAAUUGAAGACUGACAACAAUACUCUAUUGUUUAAAUGUGAACUUGGUGCUGGUCAUUUCUCUAAAUCUGGGAGGUUUGAGAAACUGGAGGAGGACGCUUUUACGUAUGCUUUCAUGCUUAAGAUCUUGGACAUGAUCCCGCCAAGCCAGAUAUGAUUCGGAAAUAUGAAUCUCUUUCUCUAUGUUUCCAUUCUUUCUGUUAUGAAUCAGUAUGAAUAUUGGCUGCUUGGUUACUCUAAUACGAACGGAUGAUUGAGGGAAUUUUCAUUGAUCCUGGGUUUUGAUGAUAUAUACAAUGUUAAGCAUAAUCAUUGUAUUUUAAAAAGGUAGAUUCUCUAUUUUAACGGCCCUCUUAGUGUUGAUAAUCAUUGUAUAUAAAGAUUUGAUGGUUCAUUGGCAAUUUUUUGCAGUCAUUUAAACCAACCCAUCGCUGUGUUGGGAGAAAUAUUUCUAUA